AGAGUAUCGUUCGUUUGAGUUCGAGUUCGAGUUUAGGCACGGCGGUGAUACCUGCGGCCGUGCUGUCACGAGAGCCGUGGCCGAGUGACUGCGUCUUUGGGGUCGAAUUCGACGCCAGCUGUUGUGCGAGUGCCCUGUGACGGUUUCGCGAGUGCUGAGAGUGCCAUCGGCGCCGGAGAAGCGCGGCGCCGCCGAAUUUCCCACACGCGUAGAGAGGAAGGAGCUGUGGCAGAGGAAUUUUUGUUCGCAACUCCAGCUGGUGCAUAGAUCGCGAUCGACGGCCGCAAGGUAAACUCUUGGAUUUGGCUAUUUUUGCUGGGGUCGGUCGCGCUUGCAAUGCAAGAUUGAUGGAAGGCGCAGAAUCGAUGCGUUGCCGCCCCUUCGUCAGCGAGUGCUGCCGACGCAGUUAGCUAUGAAUAUUCGACAAAUGUGAGGAGUAGUGGUCAAGCUAGGAGCGAUGGACCACAGCGUGAAGGCGAUGCCCCCGGCGUCGUCGCGACACCCUUUCAGGGCGCUGGUCCGCUUCCUCAACAGGCACCGCUUCGAGAACGAUGAGCUCGAGAGUCUCUACCAGCGCUAUGUGUACAAACUGCAGCACUCGUCCGUCACAGCCGUCGUCGGCUUGUUCGCCGUGCUCGCCAUCGUUCUCGCCGCCCUCGGCUUCACCUACGCGCACGGCGCCACUUUGCAGGCCGUGUACCACGUGGCGCACGGGCUGCUGUUCACGGCGCUGCUGCUUCUGCUGCACACGCGGCUGAUGCACGACUCUCACCUGCUGUGGGCCUGCUAUGUCAUCCUCUUCCUUUGCUCCACGUUUUGCGGGGUAGCGUUGCCCCUGGGGCCGCCGGCGACAGCGGCCGUCGCGGGCACCGCCGACUACGCGCUGCAGUUCGAGACGAGGCGCGUGGCCGCCGAGGGCGUUUGGCAGAUCGUUUUUGUGACCUUCAUUGCUUACGCAAUGCUGCCCCUACGGACGUACGUCGCUGCCGUGUUCAGCUUCCUCCUGGCGGCCACUCACAUAACCCUGACCGUCAUCUGGGCCAAGGACUUCCCUUGGUUGACCUGGCAGCAGCUAACUGCGAACACGAUGGUCUUCCUUUGCGUUAACACGGUCGGAAUUUUCGUUCACAAUUUGAUGGAGCACGCGCAGCGCAAGGUUUUCCUGGACACCCGCAACUGCAUCGCGGCCCGCCUCGAGAUGGAGGACGAGAACGAGAAGCUGGAACGACUGCUCCUCUCCGUGCUUCCACAACACGUUGCCAUGGAAAUGAAAGAGGAUAUAAUCUCGCCGGUCGAGGGACAAUUCCACAAAAUCUACAUCCAGAAGCACGAGAACGUCAGCAUUUUAUUCGCAGACAUCGUUGGCUUCACGGUUCUGGCCUCGCAGUGCACCGCGCAGGAACUGGUGCGUCUGCUCAACGAGCUCUUCGGCAGAUUUGACCAACUCGCUGCCGACAACCACUGCCUGCGGAUCAAAAUCCUGGGCGACUGCUACUAUUGCGUCUCGGGCCUGCCAGAACCUCGCUCGGACCACGCCCACUGCUGCGUCGAGAUGGGCCUGGACAUGAUUGACGCGAUUGCUUCCGUGGUUGAAGCGACGGACGUUCAGCUCAACAUGCGCGUUGGAAUCCACUCUGGACGCGUUCUGUGUGGCGUGCUCGGUCUGAAAAAGUGGCAGUACGACGUGUGGUCCAACGACGUCACCCUGGCCAACAACAUGGAGGCCGGCGGUGAGCCCGGGCGAGUUCACGUUACGCAGGCGACGCUGGACUACCUUGGUGGAGAGUACGAGGUCGAACCGGGCUACGGCUCCACCAGGAACAACUACCUCAGGGACAACAGCGUCACCACGUACUUCAUCGUGCCGCCGCCCCGCAGGAGAAAGCCUCGGCCCGUAAUGACGGGUGUCAACAAGCGGAAGCUGUCCUUCAGGAACGUGUCCAACGUGGUCGUGCAGUUGCUGCACUCGAUCAAGUACUCGAUGGAGGUGCCCUUUUCCAACAUGGCAGUGGCUCCAGGUGGAAGUGCCGACAAGAUGCACGCUGCGAAAAAGGUGCUAGAUCUGCAAAGGGUGCUCCACGCCGACCCAGCCACCUCAGGAGGCAGGCCCUUCGGUGGUGACUCCCUCGACUUGAGGGACAUUGCUGGAAAGAGCAAAUCCAGUGACAAGUUUAAGCGACCAUUCAAAAAGCGCCACUCGAGCGUCUACCACCAGCCGUCGAACCGAGUGAAUAAGUACCUGGCGCAGGCCAUCGAGGCUCGCAGCGUUGAUCGGGAGAAGGCGAACCACGUGACGCUGGCCACCCUCUGCUUCAGAGACCACAACAAAGAGAGCCAGUACCACGAAGACACGGAUGUGGGUUUCGGCAGCUCGCUGACAUGUUGCCUGCUUCUGCUGACGCUGCUGGGCGCGGUGCAGAGCAUCGUGUUGCCCAGGACCACUAUCCUGCUGGUGCUCUUCCUCACUGCCUUCGCGUGGGUGGCCGUCGUGCUGAUGCUGCUGCUCGCCGUCCGCCUCCGUAUCAUCCUCUGGGACAUUUCGCAGAGCUUCGUUCUCCGACUCGCCAUCACCGCCUUCUCCAUCAUCCUUGUCUACGCUGUCGGACAAGUCAAUGUGUUCACGUGUCGAAUCGAUGCGCCGUGCACCCCGCUGGCGACGAACGGCUCAGCGCCGCAGUGGCCGCAUGUCGGCGACCACCGCGCGUGCCCUCUGCCCCAGUAUGUGGUGCUGUCGUGCUCGCUCGGCUACCUGGCGGUGGCCGUCUUCCUGCGCCUGCCCAUCGCCAUCAAGGCCGCCCUGCUCACCCUGAUGGCCAUUGUCUACAUUCUCCUGAUCGAGCUCUCGCACAAGCAACUCUUCGACUGCUUCGACCACCGCGUGCACUCCAUUGUGCCCCAACACGUGCUUGCGGUGGUCUAUGUCAUCAUGUUCUCCGUGGCCGUUUUGAUUCACGGCCGGCAGGUCGAGUGGACGGCGCGGCUCGAUUUCCUCUGGCAGAUGCAGGCCAACGAGGAGAAACGGGACAUGGACGCGCUGCAGCACAGCAAUAAGAGGAUUCUGUUCAACCUGCUGCCAGCCCACGUCGCCACCCACUUUCUGGACAACCAGUUUAGGAACAACAUGGUGAGUGAGAACACUUUGUCGCAGGACCUGUACCACCAGAGCUACUCGCGGGUCGGCGUCGUCUUUGCCUCGAUCAACAACUUCAGUGAGUUUUACUCAGAGCUGGACGGCAACAACCAGGGCGUCGAGUGUUUGCGCCUGCUCAACGAGAUCAUCGCUGACUUUGACGAGCUUCUCGCUGAGGACCGGUUCAGGGCGAUCGACAAGAUUAAGACUGUCGGCUCGACUUACAUGGCAGCCGUCGGACUGAUUCCCGAGCUCAAAAUCCAGGACGACGACAACGAUGCCACCGCCGGCUUCUAUUUGGGGACGCUCGUCGAAUUUGUCUUCGCGAUGAGGGAAAAGUUGCUCAACAUUAACGAGAACUCAUACAACAAUUUCAUGCUCAGAGUCGGCAUCAAUAUUGGGCAUGUGGUUGCCGGAGUAAUUGGCGCCAGGAAACCGCAAUACGACAUUUGGGGCAACACAGUGAACGUCGCGAGCAGAAUGGACUCGACGGGCCUGCCCAAUCACACUCAAGUGACUGAAGAAGUGUACCAAGUGCUGAAAAAUUACCCGUACGAGUUCCAAUGCAGGGGCAAAGUGAAAGUGAAAGGCAAGGGCGACAUGACAACCUACUUCCUCACCGAUCGCAAGCAGCAAGGCACAAUAAGGGUGGAGGAGCUGAACAGCCUCAGGCACAACCCCAAUACGUCGAACAACAUGUACGGUGGCGUGGCCACUCCUCUGGCCCUGGUGCACCAGAUCCAGCAGAACCCUAGCGACAUGCGCAACAACCGGCGCGCCUUAGGUCUGCCCCUCGAGCCGUUCACCACGAGCAACCACUUGCGAACAGGGCCGCGGCUGCCGGUGCUGCGCGAAGGCGACAACGGCGGCACCGGCGGCAACGCGGCCGGCGAAAACGAGCCGCUGCUGCCGAGCAACGGGCUUGCCAACCACCACCAACACCACAAGGUGGUGCCGGCGCAGAAGGUGAGCAACGGUCACGGCUACCCUUCGGUGGGGCGCGUGCAGAUGCAGAUGCAGAACGCGUCGAGCGGUCUGCAGCCGUCGCUGCUGCCGUCGGCGGAGGCGCGCUACAACCCGCCGUGGCCCAAGGAGAAGCCGCCGUACAUGAAGCCGCUGCCCAAGCUGCCGCCCAAGGAGCACCGCGGCGGCGGCAGCAGCGGCAGUGGCAGUGGCAGCAACAAGCACCACCCAACGGUGGCGCCGCCGCUGCCCCUGCGCCAGCACCAGCCGCUGCCCGCGGCGCCGCCCAGGGUCAAGGGGCGUAACCUGCAGCGCCACUUCUCCGAGGAGAGCCUGGCCGACCCGCACCACCAGCUGCUGCGUAUCCACAGCUCUGCGGACGAGAUCAGCUCGCUAAACCACUCGCCCAGCAUAAGUUCGUCUGACGAGAGCUACAGCCGCACCACCGACGCGGCCGACUCGCCGUCGCCGCCGCCCACGGCCGCCUCAGAGAUGAAUACUGCGCGAUGGCUCUACCCCUCCGACAUUCAGGUGGACCCGUGCUCGUUGGAGAACUCGCCUCGCGCCUCGCACGACUACAUCCCGCACUGCUACCUUCCGGGGGGCAGCCUGACGAAAAAAUCUCCGGACGGCGUGAUGGGCGGCUCGUUGGGCAAACCGAAGCAGGUGGUGGAGCUACUGCCCAUGUUCGUGGACUCGUCGGCGUCGAUCGUGUCGAGCCCGCUGCCGCCGCACCUCGACGGUGACGAGUCGUACAAGGGCGACAGCUGCGGCAGCUUCGAGUACGUGGGCCGGCCGCGGACCCUGGCGCAGGGCAAACAGCGGCCCAACAUCGUGACCAACGCCAACACGCGCAAGACCAGCCUGGAAAAGGCGAAAAUGCCGUCGCCGCUGACGUCGGUGCCCGAACGGCUGCCGUCCACGCCCGAGGGCUCGAUGACCCGGCGUACCAGCGGCGACGACUCCAAGGGCACCACCCUGAGUUUGAAAAAGGACGGAUCCAGCCAGACGGACAAGUCCAUCGCACGCAAGGUGACGCCGAAAAUCCCGAAUUUCGAGAAGGAGAUCCAGAAGCUGCUGGACGAGAACCAGAAGGCGCUGUCGCCCACCUCGGCCAAGACCGUGCCCCCGAGGAACAAGAAGGAGAUGUCCCUGGAAGAGCUGCAGAACGUCAACCAGGUGCUGGCCGAGUUGGGCCAGGCUAGUCUCCAGAGCCACCUCAUCGCAAGGUACGUGCACCUGAAGCAGCAGCAGCAGCCGAUGGCGAUGGCUGCGGCGGGGGUUCCGGUGCAGCGCGACCGGCUGAACAACAACCCUUCUGUGGCGAACACGACGACGCAGGUGGGGCUGGCGGCACUGCAGGAGCUGGCCAAGCGGCAGCAGGACGAGCUCAACACGAAUCUGCAGCUGGAGAAGGCGGCCGGCGCCGUUGUUAGAUUUGACCCAUUAGAGAAUAAAAUGACGUUGCACGUUGAGGCCAAAAAUUCACUGCCCGUUAGAGACAGGGACGGCUCGCUCAAGAGGGCGAGACUCGUGGCGCAGCAGCAGGCGCAGAAGCUGCAGAAAAAGUUCCCGCUCGAGAUUCCCACCGAGCAGCCGCUCACCGCCGACGAGCUGCGCCUCCGCGCAAAGAUGCUCAGCAGCAUGCCGGCGCCCGCGUCCGCCAAGGAGAGCGAGUACGAAAAUAUGGAAAGUGACGUGCCUGAUCAGCAAAGUGAUGAUGAGGCCAAAAGGAAGACUGAAGAGGCCGCAGCCACCAGUGAAAAAGCCGUUCAAGAUGAUGACGAGCGCAGGGAGCAGGAGGAAAUCGCCAGCUUCGAACAGGAGGAGCGAAUGAUCGCCGAGCAGGUGGCUAAGCAGCCAUUCCUAAGCUACCAGGAGGCUGAAGCGGCCGCCGCUGCGAAAGUAGCUGCCGAGGCUUCGUCAAAAUCCGAACAAGCAGAAGCGAGCCAGUCCGAGUGGAGCGAGGAUGACGACGAGGAGAAUGCCGCGUCCGAACCGCUGCUCAACGACCGCGAAUCAACGGGCUACACCACCGACGAUGGUCUUCUCGAAAACGUGUCUAUGCUGAAUGAAGCCGGUCUCACAGAUGCAGAAGGUGCUUUGAGCGAUGUGAAUUCAGUUUUCGACGACCACCGCGGCGUGGACAACGACAUGGACGACGCGAGCAUCUCUUCGCGGGCGUCGUCGCGGUUAUUCGACUCUGACGCGGUGCUGAGCCUCGACUCACUCAACACCAUGUUCGACUCGGAGUACGACAACUUCCGCGGCGCCGGUGGUGGCGGCGGUGGCAUCGGGGGCGGCGGGGGCGGUGGCGUGGUGUCGGACGACGAGAUGUUCCACCACGAGACCAUCUCGGACCUGGACCUGGACUACUUUGAGGGCAUCAACCUGGCCAAUAUUCGCUCCAUGUCGGAGAGCAUCACCAGAAACUUUGGCCAGCCGUGCAGUGAAACCGACCCCGACAGUGACGUGUGAUAAAAUCAAAAUUAAUCAAACAGACUGACGAGAGAGCAGUGUAAUAAACAACAAAAUCGAUUGCGACACGGGUUUUAACACGGACUCGACACGAGAGAAAUCGAAGAGUAUAAAUGUUGUCUUUAUCAAAUGUAAAAUGUGUUUACGAAAUCCUUCGAACAACCGACAAAGGAAAUUCUUGGGGUCUGACCUUUUAGCUUUUGGUGAUAUUAUCGAACUGGGUGGCUAUUUGGUGGCGAAAAUCUCCCUUUUUCCGGAGAAAAUAUUUUUCAAAAAGUUUACUUUGUUCAUUUCAAAAUUUACUUUUUGAGUAAGCCUAUUGUUCUAACAAAGGGGCUAAUUCCAACCAAAAAUUUCAGUAUUAAAUUUACCCCUUCAAACCUGCCCUAUCAUAUGAUAGUAAAUCUUGUUUUGGUUUACUAUGAUCAAGUUUAUCCUUUUUUUUGCAUGUUAGAUUGGACAAAAACAUGCUUUAUAAUCCUAUUUUUAAUCAAUUCCCAUGAUAAAUACUCUAAGGUUUUUAACCUUCGCAGCAAAAACCUAAAAAUUCCCACGGCGACAUUUCUUAAAUCGUUGAUUACGCCAAAAACGAAAACGUUGAAUCCCUGGAGUUUCCUUGCGAGAUAAAACGGACUCUAGAUAAUUUAUUAACGCGCGAGAGUGAACGAGAGAGAAACAAAUGUGCGCCCUCCGGUGUUGUGUAUCUAUUUUCAGUUGGUUAUUCCUUUUUGCCCUGCACAAAGAAAAAAAAAGAAAAUUGACGUAAGCACAAAAUAAUAAUCUCGAACCAGUUGAAAGGCGGAACUCGAAGCUAUCUGAUUCUGUGAGCCUCUGUGAUAUUAAUAACUGUGCAAGCAGCUUUUUACACGCCCAACCUUUGCUACGCCUCACUCUUAAUGAACAAACUAGUCACUGAAAUAGCUCCAAGGAAAAAAAUUACAUGAAUGUAGCCGCGGUCACUUGGAUUCCUUUAACGACCACACUGUACGAACGAUACUCAAACAGCGUAGGUUACAAAAUAUUAAUUUUUAUUUUGCUGAACCACCCUGUGGACACCUCUGUCAAGUUGUUUGUGCAUUGGCUCACCGGAGCGGCCGCUGAAAUUUUAGAGUUUAACGAGAAUGGAUAAUUUAAGUAAGAAGCAAUAAAAUUUCUCAAGAAAA